AUGAAGAUGCGCUUGCACUUUGUGCUGCUAUGGAUGGCUGUCGUAACAUUCGUCUUAGGUGCUGAAACUUCGGCAAGAGUGGGCGCCGAGCAAUCGGCUCCACACGUGGCUGACCAGCUCUCAUUAGGUGCUGGCAAACGCGUGGAAUACGCGAAAAGGGCUUUGAGAACCGACGCGACGGGCGAGGAGAGAGCUGGGAUUCCUGGACUGUCGAAACUCGCGGGCCUCGUGUCGAAGGCCGGUCCUUCUGCCGAGAACCUCGCGAACACUUUGUGGCUGCGUGGGCGGACGGACCCGGCGAAGGUUUUAAAAACCUUAGAAGUUGGGGCGAAGCUCGAUGACAACCCAAAAGUUCUUCAAUGGCUCAAGUAUGUGCAGAUGUAUCGGACCACGAAGAAUGGCUACCGAUGGCAUGAUGGCGAAAUCUACGUCAAGUUGCUGCAGUCAUCCAAGUCGGAAGCAGAGGUGGCAAAACUGUUCCAAUCUCUCAAGACGAACCCAGAGCUGGCGAAACUCGGCGAGAAUUUGCAGAAGGCGCAGUUUGGUUCGUGGAUAAUCAAAGAUAUGCAUCCAAGCAGCAUCCUGAGCAUGCUGGGAUUCACGGGCAGUAUCCCUCUGAACAACCCAAGAACGGAAAUCGUGAAGAAGUAUGCUCUGGAGUAUGCCAUCCGCACAGUAUGA